AUGGCUCCCUCCAUCUCCCCAGCACCCUACGCAGAUCCGCCCUGGCUCUCUCGCGAUGUGAGUCCCUACUACACCGCGAGCCACCGGCGCCUCCAGGCCGAAGCGCGCGAAUACGUCACCACUCACAUCACGCCGUUCUGUGAGGACUGGGAACGACAGGGCUCCGUUCCCAAGGAUGUCAUACUCAACCACGCGCGGUUGGGAUAUAUGGCCGUCUCCAUCUAUCCGCUUGCCGUGGCGCAGAUAAAGGCCCUGGGCCAGAGACUGCCUGGAGACAUCGACCCGGAAGAGUGGGAUGGGUUCCACGACCUGAUCGUGAUCGACGAGAUUGCCAGGUGUGGCUACCUGGGCGUGAUCUGGGCGUUGAGUUGCGGCAAUUCCAUCGGCGCUCCGCCUCUGAUAAAUUUCGGAAGUGAAGAGCAGAAGGCGAGAUUCUUGCCGGACGUAAUCGCUGGUAGAUCGCGGUUUUGUCUUGGUGUCACUGAGCCAGACGCCGGGUCUGACGUGGCGGGUAUCACAACGACGGCAGAGCGUCGUGGCGAUGUAUAUAUCGUGAACGGAGCGAAGAAGUGGAUCACGAACGCCAUAUUCGCUGACUAUUGCACCGCCGCGGUACGCACAGGUGAACCAGGCCGAUCGGGAGUGUCUGCCCUGAUAAUACCGCUCAGUGCUCCCGGUGUCAAAUGCAGCAAAAUCGAAAACUCUGGGGUCAAUGCCAGCGGCUCCACAUAUAUCGAGUUUGACGACGUUGCGGUACCUGUGUCAAAUCUCCUAGGCACAGAAAACCGUGGGUUCGAUAUCAUCAUGUCGAACUUCAACCAUGAAAGACUUUGGCUGGCUUGCACAUCUCUUCGCAUGGCGCGUGUCUGCAUCGAAGACGCUCAUGCCCAUGCGCUCAGAAGAGAAACUUUCGGCAAGCCCCUGAUUGCGAACCAGGUGAUCUCGGCUAAGUUUGCGGACUUUGCGCGUGAUGUCGAACCCGUUUAUGCGUACCUGGAAUCAAUUGUGUACUUGACGGAGCACGAGCGAAAGAGAAAGGCUCAAGGUCGCCGCGCGGGUAACCUGGCCGCAUCCCAGGGGGACCUCAAUCUUGGAGGAAUGAUCGCCACCCUGAAGACCAGCGCCGGCCGGGUACUUGAGCGUGUCAACCGAGAUGCGCAGCAGAUCAUGGGCGGAGCAGGCUAUUCGAGGACGGGAAAGGGUGCCAGAAUCGAGCAAAUCAGUCGAGAUGUACGGGUCAUGGUUGUGGGCGGAGGCAGUGAUGAGAUAUUGAGCGACCUUGCAGUCAAGCUAGAGACAAAGGAGUUGCAAAGGCUGACUCGUCCAUCGAGCAAGUUGUGA